AGAGAGAGAGAGAGAGAGAGAGAGAGAGAGAGAGAGAGAGAGAGUCGCGGCAUCUCUUCUCCGGCAGCCGCUGAAGAUUCUUCACAAGUGAGGCAUUGAUGGAUUUGCUGGGGCUUCAAAAUAAUUAACAUCAUUACAAUCCUGUAAAAGUAAUUAUGAUAUGCCAAACGAGGCCACAACGAAGCGGAAGAUCUAUUCAUUGCCCCCCUUUGUAGCCGACAUAAAACAGCUAAAAACGAAGUAGCUGGGCUAGGGCAGGCAGAGAGACAACGCAAAGGAGAGGGCUGACACCUUGUGUGGCGCGUCUUUAUUUUAUUCAGACAAAUAAUUAGUUAAUGUGGGCCUUCGCAGAACAGUGAAAGGGUGGCACCUUCUAAUCACGAUGGAGAGACGGAGAAAAGAAGAGGUUACAUUGCGUUGAGUUGGUAGCUAAUGCGUUACACGCAUUUGUUUCUACUGUUGUUUUAUUUUAUUCUCUGUUUUUCAUUGACGUGAUCAAAAAUGUGGUAAAGCUAUCUUGUCGACAAGAGAGAGAAGGGUGUUGUCAGAAAGAGGAAAGAGAGAAGGAGGGGGCAUCAAGAGGUGUUCUUUUUUAGGAAAGGGGGAGACGAUCGACAGUGAGAAGGUGAAUUGAUGUUGUAAAGCCUGCGACACGUCGGUUUCAUGAGAAAUAAUCCAGCAAAAGAAAGAAAUGGCGUAAAACAUGAUUUGAAAAGGCAAGAGAAAGACGCCUCUUCUGAGCUGAUCCUCGCAUUCUGACGUACCGGGGAUAUUUUGGGUCUGGCGGUUGGCUGUGGAAGCUGUCAGUCUGCAGCGGGCCAAUCAGGAGCCCCUAGGAGGAUGGACCCACCCACAGAGUCUACCUAAGCAUGCCCGUGGUCCCGCCCCCUCACCACACCUCCUCCCCCACACCAUGCUAGGCCGCCUCCUCCUGUAUAUCUGACACCCUCCAGAAACACACCCAACAUCUCCCUUCACCAGGUCUCCAGGGGGGGCUGUUUUCCCUUCCUCUUGUCCACAACUGAACUCCUUGUCUAGUUUGGUUUGGUUGGCCAGUAGAGCCAGAGGACAUGUCAGUGUCUGGUGUGCGUAGCCCAGGGGGGAAGGGUGUUGCUGGGGCUCCGGGCUCGAGCCCUGGGGGCGGGGCCUGGAGCCCCUCCAAGCUGUGGCUCCUCACCCUGACCCUCACCCUCACCCUCUCCUCCGGCCAGAGACCUGACCCGAACUCUGGGAAGUACCCCAUGGUCACCACGGGUUACGGCAAGCUACGGGGGAUCCGGAAGGAUCUGAACAACGAGAUCCUGGGCCCGGUGGAGCAGUACCUGGGCGUGCCCUACGCCACUCCGCCUGUGGGCGAGCGGCGCUUCCAGCCCCCCGAGGCCCCCGGCUCCUGGCAGGGGAUCCGUAACGCCACGCAGUUUGCGCCCGUUUGCCCCCAGAACGUGCACGGCGUUCUGCCGGAGAUCAUGCUGCCCGUGUGGUUCACCGACAACCUGGACGCGGCGGCCGGCUACGUCCAGAACCAGAGCGAGGACUGCCUCUACCUCAACGUGUAUGUCCCCACGGAGGACG